UUAUUUUUUUACUCCAAGGUGCUUGAUUUGUAAGAAAUGCCUAAUAAAUACUUGUUAAAGGAAUGAAUGAACAGAUGAACAAUGGUAAAAAUACCUAAGGUUGACUUCUUACCAUGUGAAAAGGCACUGCCAUAAGCAAUGUACAUCACUCUAAUCAGCAAAUGCUUCCUUGGCGUUUGAUGGCUAUUUUACAGUCAUUAAGUAAUUACAUAGUCUUGGGAAAGGCACUUAACUUCUUAGUCUCAAUUUACCUAUUUGUGAAAGGACAGAGUAUGGGCAAAGUGACUCAGGAGACCAGAGCGGAUAUAAACAAAUGCAGGGAAUGGGUAAGAAGUUGUAAGGAACAAUGCUGCACCAGAGAAGGGCAAAUGAUUUGGAGUUAGACACACUGGGUUAGAAUCCCCAGCUCCACUACCCUAAUCUUCUGCUUCCUUACCUGUAAAAUGGAGACAGUAACACCCACCUUGUUGUAAGGUUUGCAAAUAGCACCUUCAAAAUGUUGGACUAGAAGAUAGGCAUCAUUAUUGGUUCUAGGAAGUCUUUCACUCUUUUUCUUUUUCUUUUUCUUUUUUUUUUAAGAGACUGAGCAAUUUUGGCAGGCAGGCCGCUGGGGUCUCGAGUCUCUGCAUCUGGUGCGCCGCCGCCCGCGGGAGCCGGCAGAUCCUGGUCUCGUGGCUUAGAGCGACUGGGUCAGUCGAAUCAAAACCGAGGAGGGGAGGAAGCCAGUGACCAGGAGCCACCGCGGCCGCGUUCCGGAAGCGCCAGGCGGUCUUUCUACCGAGCCUUGGUCCCGGCCCCCAUCCUCCCCGCCCGGUCUGUUGUCUGGGUGGUUUCACACAGUCGAGUUAAAUCAAGCUGGGCAAUCAUGGCAGAAGGUGGAUUCGAUCCCUGGGAAUGUGUUUGCUCUCAUGAACAUGCAGUGAGAAGGCUGAUCAAUCUGUUGAGGCAGUCCCAGUCCUACUGCACAGACACGGAAUGUCUUCAGGAAUUACCAGGGCCCUCUGGUGAUAAUGGCAUCAGUAUCAUCCUGAUCUUGAUGGACUGGAUGGUUAUUGCAGUGAUCUUGUUCCUACUGAGACCUCCUCAUCUAAGAGGAUCCAACCUAACUGGCAAGCCAACCAGUCCUCAUAAUGGACAAGAUCCACCAGACCCUCCUGUGGACUAACUUUGUGAUACGGGAAGUGAAAAUAGUUAACACCUUGCUAGAAGACUAGAGUACUCUUUAACCCCAUUAGACUGUUUCUCCUUUUGCAUCUGCAAUCUGGGAUGGUAUUGUUUUCAUGAGCUUCUGGAAAUUUCACUCGUGAGCUUAUUUUUGCUUCCUGUGUUAUCACCAUUCCUUUUUACAGUAUAUUUGAGUAAAUGAUUAUAUUGAAAAAGUUACAUGGGCUUUUUUGGUUGUCCUAAACUUAAACAUUCCACUCAUUCUAUUUGUAACUGUGAUAAGAAUUUUUUUGUGAUGAUUUCUGGCCUGAUUGAAGGAAAUUUGAGAUCCUGCCUUUAAAUAUCUUAAAUAGUUUUUAUAGGUUUUUAAAAUUGCUUUUUUCCCCCAUAAGGUAUUUAUAAAGUUACUUGGUGUCCUCUGAGAUUGUAUGAAAAAGAAUUAGAACCACACUGUAUUUACAUUUACCUUAAUAGUUUAUUUGUGGGUGGCAGUUUUUUCUAGUUCUUGGGACUGUGGCAGCCUUUGGAAUAUUUUACAGAUCUGUGUCAUCCACUACAACUGGCUUAUGUGGCUAGAAAAAGAGGGAGAAGAAAUGAAAUAGUUGUUUACUAAGUUUUUUAUUCCUACAAAAAUGUCUAAUAUUAGGAGAACUUUAAAUAAGCAUGAUUUAAUAUGGUGGGUGAUUUACAGUCCAUUAUAGCCUUAUAAGAUUCACGAAAGGAAGAGAAAAGUUAAUGCUUUCUGCCUUUGCCAGAUAUAUUCUAUACAGUAAUAAUUAAAGCUAUAAUUUAUUUGUUAAAUGGGUGCCUCUCAGGAACCUUUCCGGUUCUAACACUUCCCUGUUAAAUGGAACUCUCUGAAAGCUGUAUUGGGGGCCUAUUUGGUUACUGACAUUUGAAUGUUGUUUACUUAUUUAGCCUAUUUUUUUCUGUGAAGAAAAAAUUGAGUCUUUUGUUUCCCUUCUGACUUCAGAAAUAUUUGAUGGUUUCCUCCAAGGGAAAAAGAAGAAAAUGAAAAAGCAAUCAAGGAUCUUUUUCUCACCCCUUAUCUCAUUCUUUUUUAGUGAUAAGAUGGAUUGGGGUGGAGAGGAGCAUUAUUAUUAUUAUAAGUAGAAUUUUGAAAUGUAUGAAAAGUAAAAGUUUGCAUUGUUUUGCUCAGUGUGAAAGAAAAAAAGAAUACAAAUGGCAUAAAAACAAGUCUGCAUGACCUAUGUGGUUAUGGGAUUUUUUUCUUAGCAAGUGAUUACAGAUGGUUUAUGGGGGUUAGAAGAUAUUUUGCUAUCGAUGUAAGGAGUUUCCCCCCAGAUCAGUCUAACUUUUCACUGUAUCAAUCUGAGAAAUUACUUGUAUGAAUUAAUAAACUUCUCUAUAUCACUGUACUGUUUAAUAGAGUCUCUGAUACAAUUGUGUGACGCUCCUAGGGUAUUUUUCCCCCCUUUAUUAUGAUUACAUUUUAGGCCAUAAACUUUUUAAGGGCUUCAUUUCAUUGUAUAAUCCAAUAUUGACUGCUCGCAUUCCUUCUGUGGAUCUUAGCUGUGAGCUCAACUUCUUGACAUAGUAUCAUCUAUUCUUAAUUACUUGUGCUAAUUGAGGGGUAUCAUAACACAGGUUAAGUCAAAUCUUGCAUAAGUGAGCACCAUAGAUUUCAAUCUUCCUCUUGCUGUGGCCUACUGGAAGCAUUCCCAGCUCUUCAGCUGUUAGAGUAUUCAUUGUGGAAAGGGCAUGGGUGGCAUAGAAUGGAGUUAAAUCUCUAUAAACAUUCCUUUUUCUGCCCUUGGCCCCUGGACUUUGAAGGCUUGCACAUGCAUCCUAGCAGUCUGUUCUCUAAGCUGCU